ACACCUCCAGAACAGAAAAUGCCGUUGCAUAGAAGCUGUAGUAUUAGCAUUGGAUGUCAAUUUUACCGCGCCUUACAUAUGACAGGAUGGCAUCAGUUGACGUCGCAUUGCAUUUGACUCUUGGGUUUCAUCUCAAGCUGGCGUCCUUUGGCUUCCGGGUGUGCUUUGUUUCCGCAACUGGCCCUUGACCGGGCGGAGGUCGUCAUAGAAGCUAUGUACCCAUCCUGACCAUAUUGGCAUGUUUGUCCAUCGUCCUCUUGACUCAAUCACACCUUUGGCAGGCGGUCUUGCUAUUCUACACGUGUGGUCGGUAGGGGAUAUUGAUACUCAAUCUCAUGGACGGUCGUUGAAGGGCAAGGCCACUGGAAACCGACUCAUAUUCGAUGGACAUGGGACCGUUUACAAACCAACGAAAAUUUUACCGCUUAGGCGCUGGCACCUCGCAAGCCUACGAGGCCAGAGUCCUUACCAACUGAUAUUGGGACAGCUGGAACGAUGGCCCUCCUGGCAGGUCGUCCAGAACACUUAUAUACUACAGUGGGCUUCGCAAUCAUUCAUCGGUCCCUCAGAUACUCAAGUCUGCAAGCAUAACUAUCACAAUCGCCGCGUCAUUACUAUCAUGUCGGGGGGCUUUCACCAUUUCCAGAUCAACGGAGCACCUGAGCCGGAACCUGAAAGACAUUUUAUCAAUGAAAUGUUUCAGUGUUUCUGGGAUUGUUACGCACCAGGAUUGCAUUGCAACGACCUCUUUUACGGUCACAAUCUCUCUCAUCAUUUACGCGAGAGACAUGGAAUUCACGGGCCCGACAAUGCCCGCGUUUUCUGCCAAUGGAGAUCUUGUAAUACGGAGGUCAAUAAGGAGAGUCUCGCGAGACAUAUCGAGGAAAAACACAUGAAGGUUGUGCACCCGUGCGGCGUGUGCGGCAAACUAUUCUCGCGCGGAGAUACUCUCAACAGACACAGGAGAGAGAAGCAGCAUUAAAUAGGGUGUCUUUUGACAAGGGAUCCUGUUCUAUCUAUCUGACUUCAGUUUAAGUAUCUGUUGUCUAUGUUGCUUCCGACGUACUUACUAGCUCUGUUUAUCCUGGCGAUAUUAUAUUCUAGUUGAAGUACGAAACCAUAUAACAAAUUGGUAGCAGUUUGUCAAUUUGGCGAGUUAGACAUGAUGCAUGACAGCCAGGCGGCUUCUCUUACUGUGCGCACUAUUGUGUAAUUGUGUCUGACAGCGUUGCACGUCCCCAUAGUCUGAGUAGUACUAUGACAUGAUCGUCAUUCUAAGUAGCAAUGGUG